AUGGGUGUUAUAGAAGUUGAAAGUGAGCAACAGUUCACAGAACUAACCAAAUCCAAUGAUUCCAAAUUAAUCGCUCUAUACUUCCACACUCCGUGGGCAGGUCCAUGCAAAACCAUGAACCAAGUGUACAAGACAUUGGCUGAUUCCAAAGCUCAAGAUCCAUCAAUACUAUUUCUUUCCAUCAACGCUGACGACUUGUCAGAGAUUAGUGAGUUGUUUGAUGUUAGCGCAGUGCCAUACUUUAUCCUAAUACGUAAACAAACCAUAUUGAAGGAGUUAUCCGGUGCUGAUCCAAAGGAAUUCAUUGCGGCAUUGAAUCAAUUUUCAGGUUCCAGUGACUAUUCACAAUCUUCAAAUGUGUCCAAUACACAAGCAACAAACUCUAACUUGAACGGAACACAACCAACGGCAGAUGAACCAGCAGAGGAGACAGAAGAAGCGUUGAAUGAAAGAUUGACCAAAUUAACCACUGCGGCACCAAUUAUGUUGUUCAUGAAAGGAUCGCCAUCAAGUCCUCAGUGUGGAUUUUCAAGACAACUCGUGGCAAUAUUAAGAGAACAUCAAGUUAGAUUUGGGUUUUUCGAUAUCUUGAAAGAUGAUUCAGUGAGACAAGGGUUGAAAAAAUUUAGCGAUUGGCCCACUUUCCCACAAUUGUACAUCAAUGGAGAAUUUCAAGGAGGAUUGGAUAUCAUUAAAGAGAAUCUAGAGGAAGACGACCAGUUCUUUGAAAAUGCAUUAAACGCUUAG